GCCAAGUCGACUCUGACGUCUGAAACCCCAGUCCUAAAUGCCAAAUCCUAAUCACAUUAAACAAAAACACUAAGCUUCCAUUUCCAAUUUCAUUAGCUUUCAACAAUUGAGAAGCUUGAAUCUUCUGAGAAAUGAAUAGGGAGGCUGAGGAGCGGGGUGGUGGUGGUGGCGGUGGUGCCGAGACGUCGACGGUGGCUGUGGCAGUGGCAGUGGCAGUAAAGAGCUCAAGAGGGAAAGGAAGCCGGCGUGCAGUCCGGUGGGCGGUUGAGAAGAUGAUAUGGAAAGCCGAACCUACUGUGCUAGUCCAUGUCAUCCCUCCUGUUACUUCAAUCCCUACUCCUUCAGGACAGAGGAUACCAAUUGAAGAGGUGGACGCAAAGAUACUGAGACUAUAUGUAGAUGAUAUGAAAGAAAGGUCUAAGCAAAUGCUUAUACCUUUCAAGAAACUGUGUAAAAGAAGAAGGGUGGAAAUUGUAGUGCUUGAGGGGGAUAGUCCUGCGUCUGCACUUGUAAGAUACGUAGCAGAUGUGGGGAUUUCAGCUUUGGUAGUGGGUUCCUGCUCUCCCAAAUACGGUUGCUUUAGAAGGAAGCCAAAGAGCUCUGUAGUGCCAUCGGUUCUCGUAAGAAAUGCUCCUGAAAGUUGUGAUGUCUUUGUGGUGUCCAGACGUGGGGUUAUCAAAAAUAAACCAAAAACCUUGUUGGCUACUGGUAUUACCGAAAUACAUUCAAUAUCUCAGAUGUUUCGUUUCGGCUGUUUCCAUGUCAGUCAUUGCUUCUUUGUUUGCCCCUUCUCAGAGGAUAGCGCAAAGGAGUUUUUGGUCAGUAAAAGCGAACACCAUUCUCUGACAGUAAGUAAACAAUUGCCUUGGAACAGUUCUUCGUCAACAGACUCAAGAACCAACAAAAACUCACAACUAUCAUCAACCUCUGGCUUUGGUGGUCCAGACUCUCAUAUUCAGGCCUAUCCAGUAUACUCUACCACUUUUCUGCAGCAGAUUCAUCUUGCGGACAAAACCUUAGAUUUUGAAACAGUUCAGAGUCGCUCCUCUCGACCUUCUACAUCCUCGGAGCAGUCAAAUGUCGAUGCUGAAGUGGAGCGACUGCGACAAGAAUUAUACAGCACUCUUUCCAUGUACAAUCAAGCCUGUGAAGAUCUGGUUUAUGUCCAAAAGAAGGUCAACUUGCUUUCUGCUGAAUGCCUUGAAGAAGAAAGAAGAGUGGAUGCUGCAAGACAAAGAGAGGAGAUUUUACGCAAAGUUGCUGCAAGAGAGAGAGAGAAGCAUUUGGAGGCCAUGAAGGAGAUUGAAAUGGCAAAGGAUCAGUGUGUCAAGGAAGCUAAUGAAAGACAAGUAGCAGAAACUAAUGCCCUCAACGAGUUUUCUCAGAAGCAGAAAAUUGUGGAAGCACUAUUUUCAGAAGACAAAAGGUACAGAAGGUACACUAGAGACGAAAUUGAGGAGGCAACAGGUUUCUUCUGUGAGGCAAAGGUUAUAGGUUCUGGAGCAUAUGGAAAAGUUUACAAAUGCAGCAUUGAUCAUACUCCCGUGGCCAUUAAAGUCCUUCAGUCUGAUGCAUCAGACAAAAAGGAAGAAUUUCUGAGAGAGGUUGAAGUUCUUAGCCUACUACGUCACCCUCAUAUUGUUUUACUUCUUGGAGCCUGUCCAGAAAUUGGUUGCCUGGUAUAUGAAUAUAUGGAAAAUGGCAGCCUGGAAGAUUAUAUACUUCCUGGAAGCGGCCGAGGUCCGCUUCCCUGGUUUAUUCGUUUCCGGAUUGUUUAUGAAGUGGCCUGUGGACUUGCAUUUUUACACAAUUCAGGACCAGAGCCUAUUGUCCAUCGGGAUCUGAAACCAGGAAAUAUACUCUUAGAUAGAAAUUAUGUGAGCAAAAUUGGAGACGUGGGCUUGGCAAAAAUAAUAUCGGAGGUGGUGCCUGAUAAUGUAACAGAAUACCAAAAUUCUAUUCUUGCUGGUACCAUUUGUUACAUGGAUCCAGAGUAUCAAAGGACUGGCACGGUAAGACCAAAAUCUGAUCUGUAUGCUUUAGGAAUCAUAGCUCUUCAGCUGUUGACCGCUUGCCGUCCUAAUAGAGCAAUACUGAAGGUUGAAAAUGCCAUAAAAACUAGAUCAUUGUCAGCCGCACUAGAUAAAUCAAUUUCAGACUGGCCAUUGGCUGAAGUCAAAGAACUCGCUCAGAUGGCUCUAAAAUGCUGUAAACUUAGGUGCAGAGACAGGCCAGAUCUUGAAACAGAGUUGCUCCCUGUUUUGGAAAGACUCGCCAGAUUUGCUGAUGUAGCUAGGAAAGCUGGCAGUGGCAAUUUUCCUGCACCAAGCCAGUAUUACUGCCCAAUUCUUCAGGAAAUAAUGGAUGAUCCGCAUAUUGCAGCAGAUGGUUUUACAUAUGAGCACAUUGCGAUUAAAACAUGGCUUGACAGACAUGAUGUAUCACCAGUAACGAAGGUUAGACUGCAGACGAAGAUGCUUACCCCAAACCAUAUACUGCGUUCAGCCAUUCAAGAGUGGAGGUCAAGCGUCUCAUUCUGAGGAACUGAAUAUGAAUGCAGAUGCAAUCAAAUUUCAUAGCUACAUUUUUAACUGAACCAACGUCUGAGCGAGUUAUGUUCAUAUAGAUAUCAUAUUUGUCUAGUAGAUUUUGCCAACAGUUGCAACUGCAAAUGUAUAUUCCUGAUAUCAGCACCAUCAUAUUUAAAUGAAUGUGAGAAACAACGGUUAUAG